AUGGAGCAAAAUGAUUGUUGCAUACGUGAGUUAAUAGAACUUUUGCAGACUAUAAUUAAUCAGGAGAACCCAUAUGCGCUUGCAUUUAAAAACAUGGCAGAAGUUGAAGAUGCAGAAAUUCGUCAAGCUGCUAUAGAAGGUCGACCGAUUUCUGUUGUCAAAAUGUCGUUGCUUGAGGGUUGUGAUAGACGAAAUGAUGGUGCUCCACCUCCAUCUAGAGAAGUUGUUAUUUAUCCUCGAGGUCAACCCUUAAAAACAAUUUCAAGUAUGUCUGCAAAUCUAGAUCCAAUGAUAUAUCCAAUAUUUUUUCCAAGAGGUGAUGCAGGAUGUGAACAAUACGAUACAUUACAUGAGUAUGUAAAUAAUGUUGCAAAUAACCUUAAUGUAAGACCAGGUCGUGUUGUUAUACGACCAUCCUCAUACGUUGGAAGUCCAAGAGCUUUAAAAGAAAAAUUUGAAGAUGCAAUGGCAAUUAUAAAGAAAUAUGAAAUUACAGAAAAUUUAAAUCCAGGUGAGAGCGCAACUGACAGGCCUGAUUUAGUUUGUCGUGUAUUUAAGAUGAAACUUAAAUGCUUCUUAGGUGACAUUUUUAAACAUGGAGUCUUAGGCAAAGUUGUAAGUCAUGUACAGCUAGAAACAGCAGAGGAUAUUGAUAGUUUAAUAUCAGCUGAAAUUCCAGAUCAAACUGUUGAUCCUGAACUUUUUGAAAUUGUAAAAACAUGUAUGAUUCAUGGACCAUAUGGGAUUUUAAAUCCCAAUUCUCCUUGCAUGAAAGAUGGAGUUUGCACAAAAAAAUUUCCUAAAGAGUUUAAUCCUUGCACUGUUGCAAUUUUCAAUGGUUAUCCUAACUACAAGCGUUUAGAUAAUGGUAGAGUAGUCAUUAUAAAAGGUAACCAAGUUGAUAAUCGAUGGGUCGUACCCUAUAACCCCUGGUUAUCAAAAAAAUACCAAGCCCACAUUAAUGUUGAAGCUUGCAUGUCUAUUAAGUCAGUGAAGUAUUUAUACAAAUAUGUCUAUAAGGGGCAUGAUUGUGCGAAUGUGGUAAUUAAUGAAAGUGUUGACCAUGAUGAAAUUAACACAUAUUUAGACUGUCGCUUUGUUUCCGCCCCAGACGCUCUUUGGCGAAUAUAUGAGUAUUUCAUAAGUGAUAUGUCACAUACUAUUAUCCGCCUUCAAAUCCACCUUCCUGAUAAUCAGAGAGUAUAUUUUAACGAAGGAGAAGAACAAGUAGCUAUAGAUCGUGCAGCACAGCGUGACACUCACCUAACCGCUUGGUUUAAGUUAAAUGCUGAAAAUAAUGAAGCACGUCAGUAUUCUUAUGUUGAAAUUCCAUAUCACUUUGUUUUUGGUAAAAAUUGCAUGUGGAAAGUAAGACAAAGAGGUAGUGAUAAGGUGGUUGUUCGAAUGUAUAAAGUCAGUUCAUUUUGCGAAUUAUUUUUUCUCAGAUUGUUACUUUUGCAUGUAAAAGGUGCAAAGUCUUUUGAGGGUUUGCGUACUGUUCAUGGUACUGAUUUUAAUACAUUUCGUGAAGCAUGUUAUCAUUUAGGUUUAUUGCAAGAUGACAUUGAGUGGAGAAAUACAUUAACUGAAGCUGCUGCAACUCGGAUGCCUAAACAAAUUAGGCUACUGUUUUCCAUCAUAUUAACUUUAUGUGAACCUGAUGAUCCUUUACACCUUUGGAAUACAUUUAAAAAUUAUAUGGUUGAGGAUUACAUACACCAUUCAAUGCCAGUCGUACUUGCUGAGCAGGCAGCUCUUCGUCAAAUUGAAUCUAUAAUUAAUCAGAGUGGUAAAACCUUAGCUGAUUAUAAUUUGCCAGCUUUAGAUCAGUUUUUAGAUAAUGUCCCAGAAAAUGAUGAUGAAGAUGUUCAGGUGUUUAUUGAUGAAGCAAACCGAGUUAGACCAUUAUUGAAUGAUAAUCAACGUAAUGUAGCUGAUGCGAUCCUUGCUGCACUAAGUGUGGAAUCUACUAAUGAAAAUAAGCAUUCAAGAACUGCAGCAGCUGCAUGGACAGGAAUAGCUGCAACUCUUCUCAAAAAUGGGUGCACAAUGCAUGGCUUAUUUAAACUUCCUGUUCCAAUUUUGGAAACUAGCACAUGUAAUGUAACUCCAAACUCUAUUCAUGGUAGAUUCCUGAGACAAAACAGUUUGUAUUUACUUGAUGAAGCAUCUAUGAUACCCAAAUAUGCUUUGAGUGCCAUUGAUAAGCUAUUACAAGAUAUUUGUAAUAACAAUUUUCCUUUUGGUGGUAAGGUUAUUCUUAUGGGUGGAGACUUCAGACAAAUACUUCCAGUUGUGAAGCGAGGUCGACCAGCAGAAGUUAUAGAAUCAUGUUUAAAAUGUUCUGAACAUUGGCAAUAUGUGCAAAGGUUCUCAUUAACUGUAAAUAUGAGGGUUCAGAUAGAAGAAGAGGAAUUUUCUCAAUGGCUUUUAAAGCUUGGAAGUGGAACAUUACCUGUCAAGCCUGAAGAUCCUUUGCGAGGGUGUAUUGAAAUACCUGAGCAGUGCUUUCUCAGUGAUAAUGAAUCUAUUGUGGAGAAGAUUUUCGGUGGUGCAGAAGAAGCUGAUUAUGCAAAACGUGCUAUUUUAACGCCAACAAAUGUUGAUUUAUUGGCAAUAAAUGAAGAGGUUCUUCAUCGUUUACCCGGUGAUGUGAAAACACAUUUAAGUUCAGAUAGCAUUGAUACUGAUGAUCUUAAUGAAAUUAAUAACUUUCCAGUCGAGUUUUUAAAUAGUUUGACUCCAUCAGGUAUGCCUGUUCAUUGCCUAAAAUUAAAAAUUGGUGCUGUUAUAAUGCUACUUAGAAAUUUAGAUCUCAAAGGUCGACUUUGUAAUGGAACCCGUUUGAUGGUGCGUGCAUUACACAACAAUUAUAUUGAUGGUGAGGUUUUAACAGGUGUAUCAGCUGGUAACAGGGUAUUUGUUCCUCGAGUUCAAUUAGCUCUAUCAGAUGCAAAUUUACCUUUUACACUUAAACGCAAUCAGUUUCCAGUUAGGUUAGCAUACUCAAUGACCAUAAAUAAAAGUCAAGGUCAAACAUUUGAAAAAGUUGGUGUUUAUCUUAAAAAGCCUUGCUUUUCACACGGCCAAUUAUAUGUUGCAUGUUCAAGAACAAGAUUAUUUAAUAGUUUGUUUUUCAAAGUUGAUAAACAUCCAUUACAAGCAAUGCUGAUAAAACUGAAUUUUUUUAAAAAAAGAGUAUUUCCAGCCUUCCAACCAAAUAUUAGAGACUUUUACAAAAGCACUCUCACAAAAUAAUGCUUUUAUAAUCAAAUUAAAAGUCUUUCAAAUCGUUAAUCAUUUUCUAAAGGCGAA